AUGAUCGACUAUCUAAGGGAGGAAAUACUUAAAAUAUUACCUUCAAAAAUUAAUUACACUAUUUUCGAUGAUGCGAAUGAUAAUUGUGAUGGUGUUCAUUUUUACGAAAGUGUAAAGAAUCUCAUAGAUAAGAAUACUACGAAUAAUGUUAUUUCUGACAAAAUAGUUAAAGCCUUAUAUUAUGUGUAUAAAAAAGAUGAGGAUAUAGGUCUUGAUACAGAUGAUUGUGAUUAUUUAUACUUUUGGUUAGGUGAUUUAUUAUAUAAAAAUUUAAAAAAUAGAAGUUCAUUUUACUCUAUUAUGAUUAUACUUAUAUUUUUAUUGAAAAACGAUGAAGGCCUGAGUAUUUGUAAAAAUAAUAGUUAUUAUAAUAUAACUGAUGAUAAUUUUGAAGAUAUGAAGAUAUUAUUUGAUUUUUCGAAAGAUUAUGAUAUUCUUAAAAAUUAUAUUAAUGAAUAUAAUAAGUCUUGUGGUGAUGCUUUUCAAAUAUAUUUUGAUGGUCUUGUAAUAAAAUAUCAAGAGUUCAAAAACAAGUGUCGUGACUUAAGUAUACGUAAUGUGACUUGUAAUGUAUUUAAUGAUUUUUUUAAUGGUAUGAAUAUUGAAAACUUACUUAAUUUGAGAUGCACAUCAAUAGGAAUUCUUCCUGAUUCGAUGGAUGAACAAUUACAAAGUGGAAGAACGGAAGAAGAACAUGAAGAAGAAGCGUUACAAAAAAUAGAGCCACAGUUACCUAAAUAUACUAUGCAGUAUGAGGUAGAGGGAGAAGAAGUUGUACAAAUAGAAGAUUCAUUAACUGAGACAUAUGAGUAUGUAGAUAAUCCAGGAAAUAUGGCAGAAGAUAGACAAUUAGAUGCUUUAAUAACGGAACAUGAACAUUCAGACGAAAGUACACGUAAGACAUCAAUUGAAGGACAGUCAAAUAUCCAUACACAAUCAGAAGAAUCUCUAUUGAGUAUUAGAGAUCCAAUAUUAAAUGUCACUUCACAUAUUUCAAGUAAUACCUUAGCUAUUUCAUCAUCACAAAGUAUGUACAUUGCUCCAUUUUUGAUAGGAAUUGCAGUUUUUUCUAUUAUACUGUACAAAUUUAGUCCAGUAGGGUAUUGGUUAAAAAAAAACUUAAAAAGAAAAUCUAAAAUGAAACGUAAUUUUAUAAUGGAUAGGAAUGUAAUAGAAGAUUAUACGUUUCCCAAUGAUAUAGAUUCACUGAGUAGAUUCGAUGUUACAUACAGUAAUAUAUAA